AUGGUGCCAGACGGCGAAUGAUCGAACCAUAAUGGAAUCUGAAGCUCGGGGCAGCGGCAAACGAAAUCCAAAUCCAUACAAACGCACUCACACACACUGUCGCUCGCUCGCUAGCUCGCAUGUCGUUCCUCCGACGUCACCGAAUGCUUGUCGAGCUGGAGGCAAUCCUGCCCAUAAAGACAGAUUUGGGAGAAGGCAGCUUCUUCGCCAUUGGAGGAAACCAUGUGGCGGGCAUUUCCUAUCUGGUUUCCGAUUCCUUUGGGUCCCUUGUAUCUGUAUCUGUACUACCCUCAUUGUGCCGUGUUAGAUUUUCCGCAUCUAGUGAGGAAUUCUAAGAGCUCAGUGGUCACAGUGCAGUAUUGGUUUGCGGAGAUAGGCGGGAUUGAAAUGCGCAAUACGAAGUAGAACCCCCAAUUGUAGAUUCAAGCAGCUAUUUGAGAGAGAUAUUGAGCUGGGUUCGUGUUCGAAAAGGAUACUGUUGUGUCGGGACACACAUUUCGUUGCAGGGUGUUUGUUCGCUGUUUAGUGUCUGCUUGGUUGUGGCAAUUGGGUCAUUUGUUUUGAGAGUACCCCAUUUCUUCACCCAUGGCAUUGCACACAGCUUCCGUGGCCAAGCUCUCUCAUCUCCGCCGAACUCUCCUUCCCUUCUCCAGUUGUAUGCAGCGCGAAGCUUUUCGUGAUCUCGCGUUUAGGGGCUCAUUCUUGACGCAAGCUGCAGAAUGUGAGGUUUUGAGCUCCUCAUGUAGAAGCGGUUUUGGAUCAGAGUCUCGAAUGGCGUGGCGGCCUGUGAUGGUGAGAGCAACUAGUUCGCAGAGGUGGACGCUGGAUGAUGUCGAGAGGAUCUCCAAGGGCAAGGCUAGUAAGGCGAAGACAGGUAGUCGAAAAGUUCCACAUCGGCUUCAAGCUGGAGAGCGAACGGCAUAUGACCUAGCUAAGAAGAAGGGCUAUUUGGUUCAGCGUGCCAUCUCCCGGAAAUAUCCAUUGGUGAACACGUACCGAAAUUUUUGUGAUGCAUCCUGUCGGAUAUGCAUCUUCAUUGAGCAGGGACAAACAGGGGAAGAUACAGUAGUGAUCGACCUAACUCCUCUUCGGCUCAGUGACGAAGCUGUUGUAAAGAUCAGAGAGCAAGUGGCGGAAGUUGUUCAAACGACAUUGCAAAGGCAUUAUCUAGGAGGGCAACAAGCAGAUGAUUUUCAAAGUUCGGACGAGGAGAGUGAGGGUGAGGAAAACGAUGAAUCUGCCAGCGAAGCAAAUAAGGAGGAGGAGGAGGAGGAAGGUGAGGGAGAUUCUGACGUUGAGGGUUUAAGCGUUUUGCGCAUAGAGACUGGAAGGCAGGAGGCAAAAGCGAUCUGUCAAGCUGUUUGGAAUUUUUGGCUAGAGGAAACUAAAACUGGCAAAAUUCCCCUGGUCGAGGAUUGAGCUCGACAUCAUUAUUUGUCACUCCUAAGUCGCAUGUGUGCAUCAAUCUGUUGGAAAGUCAAUUCGCUCACAAUCAAUUAUCAUUGCAACCUCUUCCUCUUUGUUUC